AGCGUUACGGAACAGCCUUACAAUGUCGGAAGUACGUAGUUACCGUCAAAGUCCGCACCUGCCCUAAAUUCUGUACUGGCCCAUCAUGAACCUAUAAUUAAAGCCCAGAAAGGAUUCAGCGCGUGCUUUUUACGCGUCUUCUUAAAGUUGGACUUGCUCUCCCAUCAUCUUCCGUGUAUACCCUCUCUCCCUCAGUUUUUUAUCUCUACUUGUUUUAUUAUCAAAAAUGGGUCGCCCUCUUUACUCCAAAGCUUUCCAGACAAAGCCUAUCAUCAGAGAGCCAGAGGCUCCCCUCCCAUACGAAAAAUGGUCAUAUAUCAAUGCUUUUGAUCCAGACUCUGACGAGUUUUUCGAAAACGACCAGGCAGUUUACGAGGCCUUCGUUGACCAUGUGCCUGUAGAACACUCGGAAGACGAAGAAGAGAUGGAAGAAGACAGAGAGACCGUAGUUAUCAGACUGGACCUCACUGGCCAGGGUAGUCAUCUCGACCGUGACAGUCCAAUGGCUGUUGGGAGUGAUAGCCCAGCCCAGUACAUUACUCAGGCCUACCGAAGGCAGACAACAGAGGCGGAAACACCCGUCCGAGUUCGUCUCGCAGCCCAUGACAUCCAUGGUGAAGUCCAGAGUGACCCACCGGUGUCGCACGAAUCAGUAGAGAUCGAUUCCUCGCGGGAUAUCAUGGCACCAUUAGACGCACACCCACAGCCAGUACCUGCCACGCAGCCACACAGUAUCUUCAAUCACACACAUCAUGGACCUCGAGGUGAACUCCCCCUUCCAACCCCCAGUGCACCCAUCCCUGUUCCCGGCACAUACUCCCAGCACUCUUCACCUGGUGAAGGGUUAUCUUUCUCCUCGUUCUACCACCAGCAUUUAUCGUCGACACCGCCGCCACGCUACACAUCCUUUUCUCGAUUUUCCCCGUCACCACCUCCCACAGUCUCGCCUCGUAUUUACACUUGGGCGUCUCGUCGCCAGACAUAUUCGCCAGUCGGAACAAGUCCUCUCCCUAACAAUAGUGCACGCAUGUCUCAUGCUCAUAUUUCCCCCGCACUCGUCCGUGUCCGAGACGUCGUGGCUUAACUUGCAAUCCCUUCAUACGUAACCUCUUCCUUUCCUUCAUUUUGACUUUUCAAGGCAUUCCAGCAUGCACAACGCACGUGAUCUUUAUCCUGCUUCAUACAUUCAGCUAAUCCAUUACUUAUGCACUAUUACAAUGGCCGUAAAUGACCCACGUCAUUUACUCUACUAUCCUGUGCUUUUAUAGUCGUUGUUUAGCGGAUUCGUAUAGAUUAGACCUGACGCCUCUGAAUUCAUCCGCUUUCAACGUUGUUGAUAUCAUGUAUUGGGAUCAAACGUUUGUAUAAAUUUGGCUACCUACAGUGUACAGUGAGAUCAGCCCCAUCUAGCAUCCCAAUGACCAAUACUCUCUGCAAGCACAAA